CAGUUUUGUUCCCCCUGCCCUGUUCCAGAGAGAACGAGAGAGAAGAGAGAGGAGAGAGAGAGAGACCUUUGCUCAGGCUCUCUGACCCAUUCGCAGCCAUGGCCGGGUGUUCAGAGAAAGAGCCCAUCGCCUUAGCGAGAUCCGAUGACCUGCAACAGUUUAUGCCACCGGCAUACACUGCUGUGGCCGUUAAACCGGCUGCCACCAGCCGCCUGCUGAAGACCGGGAUUGUGGUUCUUAUCGCCGGGGCAAUUCUGCUGCUGUUCGGGGCUAUCGGAGCGUUUUACUUCUGGAACAACAACGACAACCAUGUCUACAACGUCCACUACAGCAUGAGUAUUAACGGUAAGGUGGAGGAGGGCUCUAUGGAGAUUGAUGGUACAGGUAUAACUGGUGUCCGUUUCGCUGGAGGAGAGAAGUGUUACAUUAAGACCCAGGUCAAAGCUCACCUGCCUGAUGUGAAAACUCUCAACAAAGACUCACUUCUGUUCGACCUGGAGGAUGAGGUGAUGCCUGCUAAAUUUGAGGAACAGUCACGGAUCUGGGUGGCAGCUGACGUGCCCCUCUCUGACCCCGCCUUCCUCAGCUCCAAGAUCCGUGAUUUGUGUGGAGACCUGCCAAUCUUCUGGCUCCGCCCCACCUACACCAACAGUGGGCAGAGGAAGAGGAGGGCGGCCCCUCAUCAGCGUCGCCAGGCACCCGGGGCAGAGGAGGAAGUGAACCCGGAAGCAGAAUUUAACCCCGAGAACCCCUAUCACCGUGGCCUGGAUGGCGAAGAGGGCACCAUGACCUUUGACCCCAUGCUGGACCACCAGGGCGUGUGCUGUACGGAGUGCCGGAGGAGCCACACCCAGUGCCAGAGGAUCUGUGAGCCCCUGGGCGGGUUCCAACCCUGGCCCUACCACUACCGCGGGUGCAGGGUAGCCUGCAGAGUCAUCAUGCCCUGCCGUUGGUGGGUGGGACGCAUCCUGGGCAUCCUCUAAACACCCCUCAACCAGCCCUGGACUGGUAGAGUCCAGAGAGAAGGAGAGGCGGGUAGAGAGAGAAGAGGGUAGGUGGAUUCGGGCGAGGGAAAAAACAAAUCAUUCAAGGAUAUUCAGUUUUCCAUCAUAAGAUAUGCUAUAACACAGACAAUACCAUAUGACAUACAGUACAUGUAUGCUCAUACAAUACUCUUUAGAAAAGAGUACUCUUUCAUACCACAUACCCGUGAUAACAAAAUCAUCCUGUCUGAUCUUGUCACCUUAAACAAAACAUAUCAAAGUAACAUCAGUACAGAUUUUAUAUCAAUUAUAUAUAAUAUGAUCUGUGAUAGUUAUGAUUUGUGGAAACGUGUAUGUAAAGAGCUAACACCUUUCCUUUUAGCUUUCUGGUGUAAAUAAAUGUAAGAAGUAUUCUAUAGGCUGAAAUAUGAGUUGGAGGACUAGACUGUAUGUCAGCUGUGCAUGCCUUUAGGUAUUCAUCAUGCUAGUGAGAAAUGUUGCUGUCCUAACUAUUUCCUAACCGUUUUUUCUCCAGAAGUAGGGCCCACUAACAACAUGUGAUGUUUGCUUUGUAUUUCUCCUCAAAAGUAACUAUUAAAUAACUAUUUCAAAGUGCAAUUUCAAUGAAUAAACCUUUUUUUAAGUAAACAUA